CUCAUCCAAUACUUCCCCAAAAAAUCAUGUGUGAUGCCAGUCAAGGCCUGAACACAUUCACAUGAAGAAACAAGCACAUUUCUUCCAGGAACACCUAUUGAUCACCUAUUGAAAAGUAAAAUAACCAUAUUGAUUUCUGUUUACAAUAUUCAAUUAGGCAGCCCCGGUGCUACGUUUGACCUACAUGUAUAACGCUGAGUAGGUAUAUGUAACACAAGUAGACGGAAAGAAAAGUCUCUUGGCACCAUGCUCUAAACUGUACCGGAUGUCGCCAAUAUUGAUUUCUGUUUACAAUAUUCAAUUAGGCAGCCCCGGUGCUACGUUUGACCUACAUGUAUAACGCUGGGUAGGUAUAUGUAACACAAGUAGACGGAAAGAAAAGUCUCUUGGCACCAUGCUCUAAACUGUACCAGAUGUCGCCAAUAUUGAUUUCUGUUUCACUCUGUGCAAAUCUCCUCUCAUUUCCACACAGGUACAUUCACCUGCGUUUCAUACUCCAGGCCAGCAGGUGGCGGUAAUGCACCAAAUAUAUGGAUGCAAACUGCUGUUUAGAGAAGAAGAAGAAGAAGAAGUACGCAGCUGCGGGCCUGGUCUGCAGUCUGCUCCGUCUGAGACGGUUACUCAAUGCUAUGCUACACGAGGAGCUCCAUGCUAAUGCGACCCUCCAUUCAAAUAUAUAAUGGUUUCUCCUGUUCGCCAGUCGGCAUGAACACAUAAAUACUGUGGAUAUUACGUUACAUAACCGCAGUGAAAGAACGACACUAUGGAGAUGUUUGGACUGCAGUAUAAUGAGCAUGGUUGCCCCCAGUUCCUGUGGACUGGGACCAGCACAGGACCAAGACUGCCCGACCUCCUCCAGAGCAGUGCAUCCACUGCACAGUCAUCGUAAUGGACGUGGCACUAAGGAGGAUUGUCCAGCCGCAGAUGACGCUGAAGAACCGUUACAAGCCGCUAACACCAGUCUGCUUCAGCAGCUUGGUUGAAAUGGAGAUUGGAUGAUGCACUGUGCCCAACUAAUCAUACACGUGAUGCCUUGAGAGGUCGGGGUCAGAUUGUACAUUCACCUGCGUUUCAUACUCCAGGCCAGCAGGUGGCGGUAAUGCACCAAAUAUAUGGAUGCAAACUGCUGUUUAGAGAAGAAGAAGAAGAAGAAGAAGAAGAACGCAGCUGCGGGCCUGGUCUGCAGUCUGCUCCGUCUGAGACGACACUAUGGAGAUGUUUGGACUGCAGUAUAAUGAGCAUGGUUGCCCCCAGUUCCUGUGGACUGGGACCAGCACAGGACCAAGACUGCCCGACCUCCUCCAGAGCAGUGCAUCCACUGCACAGUCAUCGUAAUGGACGUGGCACUAAGGAGGAUUGUCCAGCCGCAGAUGACGCUGAAGAACCGUUACAAGCCGCUAACACCAGUCUGCUUCAGCAGCUUGGUUGAAAUGGAGAUUGGAUGAUGCACUGUGCCCAACUAAUCAUACGUGAUGCCUUGAGAGGUCGGGGUCAGAUUAAUGCGGGAGAGGGACCUACAGAGCAUGUGCAGAAGGGCGCUGCUGCUGACCGUCUGUAUGGUGUCUCUGUGGGGACAACUGAGCAGCGCAUCGUCACACAGAAGCCACAUAGUUCACGUGAAAGAGGGAACCUGUGAGGUAAUUGCCGCUCACCGAUGCUGCAACAAGAACAAGAUCGAAGAGAGAUCCCAGACUGUCAAGUGCUCCUGCUUCCCUGGACAGGUGGCGGGAACAACAAGAGCGGCUCCAUCUUGUGUAGACGCAUCCAUAGUUGCACAGAAGUGGUGGUGCCAGAUGCAUCCCUGCAUGGAUGGGGAAGAGUGUAAAGUGCUGCCGGAUCUCAAAGGAUGGAGCUGCAGUACAGGAAAUAAAGUCAAGACAACCAAGGUCACCCGAUAGUCCUCUGCUUCCAGGAUGACCUUGUUUGAAGCCAGACGUUUGCUUCUUUGACCGAGACAUUUGGAUAUCAUGUGUUUUUGAGGAUUUGUGGAAACCAGGGACCAACAAGGACAAUAACAUUCCCCUCGAACGAGUGGAGGAAGAGGACCAGGAGCAUCAUAUCCAAAAGUAUUCCUGACUUUAGAUCCAGCAUCCACAGUAGCCGUCUCUGAACUAUACUGCCCACUAAAUCUCUCUUUGUGUUAUAGUUUUAUUCCUAUGGAUUAGAAGACUCAACCAUGAAGAUAUGUAUUGACUCAAAGACUAUGGAUUACACCAGAAAAAAGAAGAAAAAAAACAUCCCUAAAACCAAACCAUGUGAUGUGAAACCUUUGUGUUAUUUUCAUGCCACAAAGAGCCCCAGGACUCAUGAUGCAUAUCUGUGUUGAAGAUCUCUUGAGAUCAUAAGCAUUUUUCAUUCCUUUUAGCCUUAUGGAGCAGAGAUAUCUCUUCUGAUUUUGUCUUUGUUGAUUUGAAGCUAUCAAGUGUUCGGCUUUCUUAAGUUCGUUAGGAUGUCGAGUCUUGUUUUUAAAGACGGAAGACGAUGCCACAACAAUGAAACACCGAGAACAUGUGAUGAAGAAGGGUCAACACAGCUGAGUUCUGCCAACUUGUUUAAAUGGUAUCUGUAGUUUUCAUAGCCUGGUGACUACCAUCGAGUACAAAUGUCAAUAUUAUCUCAAUAAAUCUAACUCAAAGAAUA